AUGUUCAAAAACGAAUAUCAGGGUGGAGCUGUCGUUGACAUCUUCAGUGCUCAGGGGAAUGAUCCAGUGGCAAACUGGAAGCUUCAUGGGAGCCAGACUGCUAUUAGUAAAGAGUUUGACAGAGAGAUGAAGGGUUUUGUAUAUAUUUUGGAAGGGAGCAGCCAGAAAAACAGGAUGCAAAUGCCAAAGGACAGCAGGAUGACACUUGGGCUCAGCCAAAGGUUCCUGGUGCUGCAGGUGUUUGUUCCCAUGGGAAAAGACUUCUCCACUGAACUGACGGUAACGGAUUCAGGAAAUCUGAAGAGAAGACUGUAUUUAUCAACUAUUCAUAAGGAAUUAUCAGCAACCCCAUUACAUGCCAAAAUACCUCUCUCCAGUCUCAGGCUAAGCAUUUGGUGCAACAUGUGCAUUGACCUCGUGUCAUUGACAAGCGAAAUAUUCAGAGGAGAACCGUUCCUGUCCUUGGAUAGAAUCAUAGUCUGUGCCAGCUGCCGGCUCAGAAGAAUUUUCACUAUGAAACUCCAACCGGCAGAUGCUUACAAUGAGAGUGAUCUUUAUAUCCGUGGCAAUGGUCCCAGGGAGAUCAUCCCGAAGAUGUGGCAGUUUGCUCCAGAUGUGCAGCACGUUACUCAGCUGGUGAACAUCACCAAGCUGCGGCUGGGCGAGAGGAAGCUCGCCGGCUCUCUGUCCUCAGAACCGGAACAGACGAGCUCUGGCAGUCCAAGCACUGCACGGGUGGCCAAAAAUCAGGAUGUUUGCCACAUUGCUUUUGGGUCAAAAGUCCCGGGACCACCCCCACCUACAGGGAGGAAGGCCAGUGGCUCUGGCAACAGGGAGGCGGUUCUCGCUUCUGGUACCAGAACAGGUCGGAGCUCUGGCUCAUUAAAACCGAACAGCGGAGACUGGACAGAGAAGCAAAGCCAUCGACGUGAGCAGGUCCCCAUUUCUGGGCAGGAUCCCACACCUCAGCACCACCAGGACAGCGGGCAGGCCUUAGAGGGACUCACUGGAAGCCACUGGAGCCUGCAGCCACACCCCCCGCCAAGCAGAUUGGCUGCGGAGAGGCCAGGAACAAGGAAGCUACGAGUGUACAAUGCAGAAAGAGAAGCACCAGUGCUCACAGUGCGGAGCAGCAGUAGAAAUGAAGCCAGCAGCUCUGAGACCUGCCCUCCCAGCAGGACCGCAAACAGCACAGGAGCUCUGUUCCCUGGUGCAACUGGAGACCAACCAGAAGCAGAUAGUGCAAGCGGUCUGAAGGGCGUAAGCUUGGAUUCCACCAAAUGGACUCCAGAAGCACUCAACCUGGACUCAGUGGAGACCGCCAUUUCUGUCAGACAUGAGAGCAAUGGCGUGGAGCCUCAGCUUAGCCUGGAGGACCUCUUCACCUUCUCUUCCCGCCCACACUCAGCAAGGCGUUGUCACGGACAGACCAAUCCCGGAGAGGGCCCCGCCUCUUCUCCUGAAAUGUGGGGUGAGGGGGGUGGGGUACACAGGGGGGCACGGCUCGAGGAUGACUUCGUUGGCAGCGAAAGUGAAGAGGAGGAAUCCUACUCAGAGACUGUCACUCAGAGGCCUGGCAAGUGGUCCAGCCCCGGUGUCUCACCCACACAUGGCUUAAAAUCCAGAAUCCAUGCUCUUGAAGGGGAUAAUCAACCCAAUGCAGACCAUGCAUACUAUAGCCAAGCCUCUGAGUCUCCUACACAGCCCUCAGAGUCAGACAUGAUGCAGGGAAUGGAUAUGCCCCCGGAUGAUAGCUUGGACGCGAGGAAUAUUGAGGUUGAUCACGGCAGCAUGGUCCCCACCCGCUGCCUCUCUCCUAACAGAACCAGGCUGGGAUAUGGUCUGAACAGCCCCAGAAAUGAGAGGGCUUGCCAGGACUCCAGAAUCUCGCUGAGCAAGAAGUCACUUAAAGAAAUUCCUAUAGGAGACUCCAGACUGCAUGUGGAUCGCAGAGCGAGCAGUCAAACAAGCCUUCAGCCAAACCGGGCAAGCGGUUCCAGGCUGUGCGUGCAGGGAAGUCUCAACCAGGAGGAAGAGCUGCUCAUGCUUGCCAGUUUGCUCAGACAGCAGGAGGAUGAGCGGGAGCAGGUGUACGAGGAGGGCACACCUGCAGGCCUCAGCGCCUCCCAGAUACACAACUGUAAUGUGAGCAUCAGCACCAGCAGCGAUGACACGUCCAACUGGACCCCCUAUGUCCCAAUGCCAGCCUAUCAGGGCCAUCAUUACCAGGAGGAGAUGUCUCCCCUCCGACAGUCCAAUCCACGAGACAGGUUGAACGUGCUCAGCCCUCCCAUCGUCCCUCCCAGCCAGCAGGAGAGAGGCAAAGAGACAGACCGUCACCCCGAGAACACUCUGACAGAUGCAGAAAUGUCGACCAGCGCAGAACAUGUGGAAGAUGACUAUCUCAAUCUCCUUUAUGACCCGUGCCUCAACUGCUACUUUGAUCCUGAGUCUGGGAAAUAUUACGAGUUGCGAUAAUUGUAAUGUAAACAAAAUUCAUGUUGUGUGUUUGUAAAUAUAAUCUAGCUACCAACAUUAGAUUAUUGAAA